AUGGCUCUCGGCGAAGACCACUUCAUGUACUUCGAGGGCAGCGAGGAGAUUGACAAGCUCGUUUGUGGAGGCAUAACAUCAUUCAAACAAUUGGAUGACAAGGCGCGUAAGGUCUUUCGUGAACUUGCGAUCAGCUGUAUCAGACAAAAUUGUCUAGCAUAUGAUAAGACUGGUGUGGUCACAGGCCACCUGAUGUUCUGGGACGAAGGUAAUAAGUCUGGAUCGGCCGUGUAUAUACAGAGCGAUCUGGACACCUAUACCCAUAUCAUUUACCUUGAUGUACCUCCCGAGGAGAUCGUCAAGCGCCGUCUCGUUGACCCUGGCAGAGAUCGCUCGCACGUCUCAGUCGCCCACGUGCGGCGCUGGAUGGAAGCUGAGAAGCAAAUGCUGCGCGACCUUUGCUACCGCAAUAACAUUCUCUUCUGUUCCGUGUCUCCAGACAUGAUCCCCAAGGGUGUUGAGAACCUGCUCCAUGAUUUCAGCAAACAUGACGAACGACACAACCUUUCCAACGCUCUCAGCACCCUGGACAGCAUCCCUGCCAUACAAAGCGGUACUCUGAAACGGAUGAUCGUACUUGAUGCCGACGGUACCUUGACCUCGCAAGACACGGGCGCCCUGUUUUGGAAGAUAUUUUCCCCACUCCUGGGAUAUGCAGAUGGAGACUGGUCGAAGACGCCCGCGCGAAUUGUAUUUGAGAGUCCUUUGGGUUACUCAUACAAUGCCUUCCGGCAGGUGACUCUGCUUCAUGAAGAAAGGCUUCGUGAUAAUCAAUAUGAUUUUGUUUGCCGGGAGGUUGCCUCGUCUGUAACUAUGGAUGAGGAAUUCGUCACGCUUCUGCGCCGUAUCGCAGAGCAGAAUCACGUCGCUGCAGUGGUCGUGACCGGUGGCCUGGCUCUGAUCUGGAAGUAUGUGCUGGAGAUGCAAGGGUUACUGGACAAAGUUUCAGUCAUUGGAGGUGGCCGCAUCAGCGAUGGUUUUGUUGUGACUCCAGAGGUGAAGGAGGCUUUGGUUGAUCAUUUGAAGAACCGAUACGGUCUCGUGGUUUGGGCGUUUGGAGAUAGUCCUCUUGACCUCAAGAUGCUCUGUAAAGCCGACAAAGCCUUUGUUGUUGUGGGAGACGAAGCAACAAGAAGCCAGUCGAUGGACAGGGCUUUGAAACAAGCAAUCGAGACCGGCGGGCUGAAGGCAGAACAAUGUCUUCGCCCGUGUUUUGUAACCCCUCGUCUCAACAAGGAGAUCCUUCCUGAAGUCAAACUCCUCGACCCUACCUUUGUUGACUCCCUGCUUUCAGACGGCACCAAGUUGAAUGUCAUCAGCGCUGAGAAGUUGAACCCAGAAGCCGUCAAGAUUCUGAUGACGCCCAUGCGAAAUGCCAACGUGCAAGGACCACGUUUGAGGGAGGCUCACGGUGAUGUGGGCUGGUAUCUAGCCAAAACCUUUUUGCCCACGCUCAUUGGAGUUGAGCAAAUUGAUAUACCCCACCCGCAAGGGCAUAAUACUACCGGCUAUCAACUCCGGAGGGAGGACAAAAUCUUGAUUGUAGCGUUAAUGAGGGGAGGGGAGCCCAUGGCAUUCGGAGUCAACGACGCAUGUCAGCGGGCCAUGUUCGUUCACGCCAAACAGCCAUCAGACCUUCCAGACGACCUUUUGAAAGACACGGUUGCUAUUAUCCUCGUGGACUCCGUUGUGAACUCUGGUGCAACUAUCCUGAGUUUCCUAGAACACAUCAGGAGCAUCAAGAAAGAUGCUCCUGUUGUGGUCCUCACCGGUGUGAUACAGGAGGAGUGUGCUUCGAGGGGCAGGCUAACCCCUGCCCUUACGAAGCACCGUAAUGUUCAGUUUAUAACCCUACGUAUCUCGAAGAACAAGUACAAGGGAACGGGGGCCACGGAUACUGGAAAUCGCCUCUUCAACACUCUCCAUCUGCCCUGA